AGUGUAACGUGGGCAGCUGCUGACGACAGGUGAACGCUCGCGACCCUCAGCACACUAACACUGGGAAAGGAAAAUGCUUCGUGCUCACGAUUCUUUUCUUCCACUUGUGAUGAAAGAAAUUAUCUUAUAACAUCCCGCGUGACUUGAAUUAAAUGGAGAAACAGAGUAUUUAAGAGUUCAAGUAUCGUGUGACGAGAAGACUCAUUGGGUGCACGUGUUCCGCGUUUCGGCUCCUCGUGUGUUCUCGCUGGUGCUUCUGCAGUGUGUGCGGCUUGACUGGUGGUUCUACUGACUGUCUGGUGACUGUUCAAGGACAAACAAGUAAACUUUGACAUAAUAAUCAAGGGAGUGGCUACACAUAAGCAAUUUUCUUGUGACCAGCACAAUGGUAACGGCAUCUGGCGAGAGUGAUGGCGGCGGGCAGGGCGGCCAGCUCGGCGAGGGAGGCUGAGGAGGACGAAGAGAGUCGAGUUUUUUUCCCCUUCCUGCCCUAACACGCGCCCCGGGCGACCUGCAACAGCCACCGAUGAGGAUGACACAGCAAGACGAGAGAAAUGGCCCGAGGCUGCACUGACCCUGCCAUGAGCAACUCCCGCCCCGCCUCACCCACCAACGCCCUCCAGGAGUGCGAGGUGCCAACCAUUCAGCUGCAAGACUCCGUGUGCGAGGAUGACGAUGACGCAGCUGUGUUCCUGCAGAUGCUCGGCCCCAACUAUGCAAUCACUGCGCGAUCCAAAAGCAGCAAGCUAUCCUUUGCCAGUAAAGAGUCGAGGCAAAGCUCAGCGGUGUCCUCGGCACUGUCCAGGCAGAAGUCAACACGAAACCUGGUGGACGUGACCACUCGACUGACUCACUCCAACGAGGGUCAGCUGUACCGCCUCCUCUCCGCCAAGAGGAACCACAUCCAGCAGCUCAGCAACGAUGUGUCUCUCCUCCACAACAGGAUCAAGGAGUUGGAGGAACAGAACCGCUUGCUGCUGCGUGUGAGCAAGAGGCAGGAGGCAGCACUCACUCGCUACCAUGACAUGAAGAGCGAGCUGCCACACAUCCUGGAGGCGCACAAGCUCGAAAUCAACGUCCUUCAGGAGAAACUACGCCGAUCGACGGAGGAGAACCGGAAAAACACUGAGCGCCUAAAGACAGGAGACAAUCGCAUCCUCAAGCUGACGGAAGAGGCAACCAAACUACGGGAGCUGAACCGAAAGCGGAACCUGCCCGAGCGGGACCAACUCAACAAGCAGCUCAUCGCCGCCACACGCACCCUGCACGAGAAGGAGAAGGAGGUGGAGGAGUUGAAGCGUCGCAUAGGCAUCCUGGAGAAGGCCUUGAAGCAGCAGGUGCAAGCGGAGGUGGGGCGACACCGGGCCACCGCCAGAAAGCUGUACAACCUGCAGUGUGACCACCACGAGCUCCAGGAAGUCCUCAAGGAGCGGGAGCAGGAGCUGGAGUCCCUGAAGCAGUACAGCCUCAGCACGGGGUCUGGAGCCACGGCCGACAGCGCCUGCACCACCGCGCCCUCCUCUCGCUCCGGCUCCCUCUCCGCCCGACACAAGCGCGGCAGCAGCUCCUCGGGAACCACCUCCACCUCCGGCGUCGUCUGCCCCGUGGAUGCCUUGUCUGCCACUGAGUCACGCAUGUCGUUUGCGUUGGAAGCCACGGGCCGUCUGCCACCCAUCAGCGCAGAAGCAAGGCGGCACAAAAACAUUGACUCACUCAUGGGAUCCCCUGAGCCACUCCCCCGAAGGACGCGACACCGCAGUCACACCGCCGUCAAGGAGGGGUCCGAGGAACGCCGCCUCGGAAGGGUCAGGAGAAGCCGCCGGUCACCCCGAGUUUCGAAAGAGGAGGGAUUCCUCUUCAACUCACGAUGCACGCCCUCACCCAGCCCAUCCACCACGCCUGAGCCUCACGCCCACCGUUCUGAUCCUGAUGGCGACGCCCUGGAGGAUGGCAGUCACUGUCCACUCAGCAAUAACGACGACAGAGGACGACAUCGGGAUGAGCGACACUCCACUUCCGAGCAGGGGGAUCACGAAAAUGAAGACAGGGACACCAACACCAGCGAUGAUAACAAACCUUCCCUCAGACGAGAGUUUUCGCUCAUAGAACAUUACCCACCCCGGGAGCGCGUAACACUCCACGGGGGCUCCAGCGCUGGUGGAUCUGACAGCGGGAGUGGAACUAGUGGAACUCCUCCUCCAGCUCCCCCACCACCCAAGCCCCUGAUCGACGCUCGUCCCCCACCACACCUGGCCCGCGCCUCAGGGCCCGGCCGAGGCUCGCUACACAAAAGGAACAACAUAAAAGCCAAAGAUCUGCGAGUUUCUUCCAGCCUCACUAAACUGGAUUCCGAGACUUCGCCGAAACCCGUCCGCACCGCUAUCACGCCCUGAGCCUUGUGUAUGACAUGAGUGCCGAGCAGCCGCCAUGAGACUCGAGGAUGGUCCAGCUCAGGCCUCCUCUCAUUGUGAAUAAACCCAAUGUGUACAAUGAUUCUUCAUGAUUUAGUCAGUGGUUUAACUUGUGCUUGAUUAUGAAGGUGACAAAUGAAAAGUUGCACAGCAGCAGAACUGUCUAAUGUAUUGUACAGCACAUACGUCAUACAGCAAAUCUUUCAUCACCUACGUUAAGUACAGCACAUUAUUCAUACACACACACACACACACACACACACACACACACACACACACACACACACACACACUUUAUUGGCACUUUCGAACUCUGUUAAAUUAGGGGUCCUAAUUUUACAGAGUUCGUGCAGCGGCCGGAAAUGGAGGAGGAGAAGGUUCUCGUUCGGGUUGGCGGAGACCAACUCACCUGAACCCACUACGUUGUCAUGUCACUUGCUUUUCUCUCUAGCACGUACCGUUACUGUAAUGGUCAAAAUGCAGCCAGAUUGGACAAUAAAGGUUUCCUGUUAGUCCUGUCAAUACAAGUAAACGGAUGCCUGUGA